AUGUAUCCCAUUUACUCUCUUGGUGACACGAUCAACAGCUUCUUCGAAUCCCAGUCAACCGUGACGCGGCGACAAUGCGAUGAUCUUGCUGCCUCUCUCGUUGGUGAACCUGUCAAUACGGCGCCAAUCCAGGGUGCAUUUAUCUAUACUGUAAUAGCAGGACUCGAACAAUCUAAGAUCGUUCAAUUUCGAGCUCAACGCUCUGUCCUGGAUAUGGAAACCUUAAACCUAGCUCGAGCAAUUUAUGGACGAUUUGUCGCGGCCUGUACUUAUCACGGGAAUAUUGGCCAAUCGUUACCACUUUCUGUAUACGUGAUCGAAAACCUUCCCGGAACUACCUACGUUCAAGCGCGGUGUAUAAACGGUCACUCCGUUAAACCGUCAUUAGAGGCCCAGUCACCACAGUUUAACAUUGUAGUAGGUUUUGCGAGGUACAUCGAGCUAGGUGCUACUUUCAUGCUAGACUAA